AGACACGGAACGCAUCUAUUCGGAAGUGACACAGGACAUAGCAUCGCCGUACGGUAAACAGUACACCUGGGAAAUCAAACAGAAGGUUAUGGGACUACCGGGUGCGAAAGCCGCUGAGAUCAUCGUGAGUGAAUUGGAGUUGCCGAUUUCUCCGUCAGUAUACCUGGAGCGAAGAGAGAAAAUGCAGCUGGAGCGAUUCGCCGAUUGCAACAAACUUCCAGGAGUCGACCGAUUCAUCAAACACCUCCAUUCCCACAACGUGCCCAUCUGUAUAGCUACGAGCUCUGGGUCGCCACAGUUUGCCGUUAAAACCACUCGACACGGGGACAUGGUCGAGUUGAUGCACCACGUAGUCAAGGGGGAUGACCCCGAAGUGAAGAAUGGGAAACCCAAUCCCGAUAUUUUCCAGGUGGCUGCAAGUCGCUUCGUCACACCGGCACAAUCGCCCUCAAACUGUUUGGUAUUCGAAGACUCUAAAGCGGGUGUACAGGCUGCCUUGGCUGCCAAUAUGCAUGUGGUCUGGAUUCCGGACACACGGGCGGACAGGAAAGGUACCGAAGAGUCGACAUUGAUAACUUUAUCCUCCAUGGAGCAAUUUCAACCAGAAUUGUACGGGUUGCCGCCAUACGACGUGUAGAUGGCAUAGUGAUCGCGAAUUAAUCGCCAAAGUAGUACCUAGCAUCGAAUAGAGAUAAAUAGAUAAGGUCUUGGAUCGAUUGAACUUCACUUUCCAUGGAGAGGAACACAAUAAUAAUUAAAUAUGCUAGCUGUGUGAAUCUUCGAAGAUCUCGUACAUCC